AUGGACAUACUCCGAAGAUCACUGGGAGUAUCACGCCUACAAAAGAUCAGAAACGAGGAGAUACGAAGGCUAAUGGGAGUGGACGGAACGCUGUACGAAGAUAUAGAAGCGAAACAACUUAUCUGGUAUGGUCACCUACAAAGAAUGGACGAACAGAGGCUUCCAAAGAAGGUGUUCGAGUGGGUCCCAGCACAACGCCGAAAAAGAGGACGACCAAAGAAAACCUGGAAUGAGGGUGUCAUCAAAGCCAUGAGUUCCAGGGAUUUACGACAAGGACAAUGGAAUGACAGAAAGGGGUGGCGAAAAGGCAUCGGACAACGUCAAACGACGUUAUGA